AUGAACACAAAUUCUGUGAUAGCUGCACUAUAUGUGGGGGAUCUGCACGCCAAAGUGACAGAGCCCAUGCUUAUAGAGAAGUUCAGUCCUGCAGGACCCAUUCACUCCAUCCGGCUGUGCAGGGACAGGAUGACAGGCUCCUCACUUGGCUAUGCGUACAUCAAUUUUUACCGUCGGGCCGAUGCUGAGCGAGCACUGGAAAUGCUCAACUUUGAGCUCCUCAUGGGACAGCCCAUGCGCCUAAUGUGGUCCCAGAGGGAUUCAUCGCUGAGGAGCAGUGGCAUUGGAAACUUGUUCAUUAACAAUUUGGACAAGUCAAUUGACAGCAUGGCCCUGUUUGACACCUUCUCCCUCUUUGGAAAGAUCCUGUCGUGCAAGGUUGUUUGUAAUGAGAAAAGACCAGUAGGGUAUGGUUAUGUCCAAUUUGAAUCUGCUGAGGCAGCGGAUUUAGCGAAGGAGACACUAAACGGCAAACUACUGAACGGCCGUAAAGUGUUUAUUGAAUACUUUAAAUCCCGUGAGAAGCGCAUGGCUGAGAGGAGCCAGCGUCACAAAGUCCUCAGCAAGAUCUUCAUCAAAAACUUUGAUGAGGACUUGGACAACAAGAAGCUGAAAGAUAUCUUCAAGAAGUUUGGUCCUGUGGCAAACGUUCGGGUUGUCAAUGAUGAGAACGGGAAGUCUAGAUUUGGCUUCAUAAAAUUUGUGAGGAAUGAGGAUGCACAGAAGGCUGUGGAUGAGAUGAACGGGAAGGAGCUGAACGGUAAGACUGUGUAUGUGGGCCACACACAGAGUAAAGCAGAGAGACAGGCUGAUCUCCGGUAUAAGCAUGAGCAGGUAAAUACACACACACACACACACACACACACACACACACACACACAUACAUACACACACACAAGUCUGACUCUGCCCUUUCUGCUGCAGGGGCUGAACCUCUACGUGAAGAACCUGGAUGGUCAUGUGGAUGAUGAGUGUCUGCGUAAGGAGUUCCUGCAAUUUGGAACCAUAAUCAGCGCAAAGGUCAUUUAA